AUGGAACGGAGGUACUGUAGACAUUGCGCAACGGCCUGCGGGCGUUCUCUUCUCGGCUUUUCGAUCGCUGCGUUUCUGCCGUUUUUCCACGUCGCCUCCACUCUGAGAAGGAUGAUCCGCCCCAACGCGGUUUCCAAAUUGCCCGCAAUCAUCGCCUCAAGCCUCCCAGCUUACGGUAUUUUAUGCGAAACGGUUGUGGCGCUAAGCCGCCAGCGUGUUCUUCUUCGAUUGUUACGGUUGCGUCAUUGGCGGCAGUUAUGCCAAAAGAUUUGGCGACUGUUUUGUCAGCGCUCUGCGUACCGUAACCCUCUGGGCACACAGAAGGACAAAUGCACACAAAGGCAUGGAAUGACUGAUGAAGCGUGGCCGGCGGUCGGAUCCGUGUCAGCAUGA